AUGUCCUUCUCGUUUGGCGCCACAAAACCCGCUGCGAACGGCUCCCUCUUCGGCGCGACUGGUCAGAACAAUGCGCCAGCAGGCCAAUCGACCUUCGGAUUCAGCACGCCAAAUCCCCAACAGCAGCAGCAGCCUGCUCAGGCUGGUGGACUAUUCGGUACCCAGCCGGCUCAGCCAGCAAACCCCUCGUCGUUUUCUUUCGGUGGUCCGAACCCAAACAAUAAACAGCCAUUCGCAACGAAUUCAACACCGAGCUUCGGCGCUCCUCCUCAGCAGCAACAGCCCCAGUCAUCUUUGUUUGGCAGUACCCAAGCGGUGCCAGCACCGGCCGGCGGACUUUUCGGCGCAUCGACGAAUCAGUCUCAGCCCCAGCAAGGCGGGGGACUCUUUGGAGCCUCGACCACCCAACCUCAGCAGCAACAAGGCGGCGGACUCUUCGGUAAUAUGAGUACAAAUCAACAACCGGGAGCAACGGGGUCCCUGUUUGGUGCUCCUGCACAACAGCCCACUCAGCCCCAAGGCUCCCUCUUUGGCGCAGCACCUCAGCAACAGCCACAGCAGACCGGCUCGCUCUUCGGCCUCGGACAGUCUCAACAGCCUCAACAACAACAGCAGUCCUCUAUGUUCUCUUUCAAUAACUCCCAGCAGCAGCAACCCCAGCAGCAGCAGGGGUCAUCGUUGUUUGCUUCGACUAGCGGGGCGCCAAAUACGCUUGGUGCCAGUAUGACGGGCGGGAGUCAGCGGGCGGAGGUGGACAUCGGACAGAGGAUGCAGGCGGUGCAGCGUGCAUGGGACACUUCGAGCCCAGAUUGCCGCUUCAAGUACUACUUCUAUAAUGUCGUUGAACCUGGACAAGCGCAGCAGUAUGGUCGACCUCAAGGCGCAAGCGACGAGGCCAAGUGGGUGAAGGCCGUCAGAGAGAACCCAAAUCCGACGAGUCAAGUACCGGUACUAGCAACCGGAUGGGCGGAUGUCAAGAAGCGAUCUCAAAUGCAGGAGCAGAUUGCCAGCAUACAUCAGCAGAAAAUCAAGGAAAUAUCUCAAGCCCUGACCACCCUGUCCCGUCAAUCUAACAUCACCUCCUCCAUCCGCCUCUCCGCUCUUCAUACCCACCUCACGCAACUCCAACACCGCCUAAUCCGACUCGCCGCUCAAUCGCCCGCCUUCAUCCCCUCCCUUCAGUCCAGCGCCCUCCGGCCGGAAGAGAUGGAGACGAAGAAGACGCUCGAGGGUGUCAAGGCGGAAGUGGAUGGAAAGAAGGGGUCCGCUGUGGUACAAUUGAAAGGAUACGGCGCGGGACCGGGAUCAGGGACAUCAACACCAAAGAAGGGUGGCGCGAGGAUGAUGGGCCAAGUGAAUGAGCUGUGGGGUCAGGUGGAGGAUAUCAGGCGGCAUCGUGGGAAAAGGACGGGCGGUGGUGAGAGGGACGGGUGGCUGGCGGAUGAGAGGGUGUUGGGAGAGGUUGCUGAGGUGCUAUCGACACAGCAAAUGGCCCUACAGAAGCUGAACGACUUGGCGGCCAAUGCCGUCUUUGACGCGGACGUGAUGAGGCAGGGCUUGGGUUUGAUAUCUCAACAUGAGCGCAACGCUUCCUGA